AUGAAAUUCAAAAAUCCUGGAUCAGCCCACUUUCGUUUGAAAGUCCGAAAACAGUCUUUUCUUCGGAAUUCGAAGAGUCGUAAAGAGGCUUCAAGGAUGAUGCUGCUCCUCAAUUCAUCGGAAAUCGAGGAACUCAUCACCCGGCUCAUCAUCGAAAAGUUCGACGGCAAGAACAGAGAUCUAGCUAAAGAAAGCCUCUAA